AUGGCCUGGGGCUCCGGUGGACCGCAGCCUCGUUCCCCAGUUCUGGCGCCAACAGCAGCUCCCCGCCGCCCGUUCAGUGUUUUCAUUUCGCGUUACUUCCACGUGUCGGUUUCCUGGAGAGCGGGUCCCACUCUGAACCCCUUUGCCAGAGAGAAGCACAGAGAGGACCAAAAAGUCUCCACCGGGAAUGAGGGUGGGGGCACUUCGCUAGGGUAUUACAGUAACAGCCCAAACUACGACGUUUUUAGUACCAGAAGUACUAUUAAGUUAGAGUAUGAAGGAACAUUAUUUUCUGAGUGGAGUGCUCCAGCAGCUUGUUCUAUAAAAAAUAAAAGAUUACCCAAGACAGAACUACGAUGUUCUUCUCCUGGUAUUUAUGCUAUAAAACCAAUUGUUUCAGGCCCGGAUUUAGAGGAAGAACGCUAUUUAUAUUUGGACAGAUCUCAUAUUUGCUUUCUAUGGUAUUAUAAGGCUAUAAAUUUUGUUCACAAUUUAACCCAGAUUGUCAUUUUGUGGAUAUAUGAUCCGGAAAACGCGGACCCCAGUGAGUUGCUAUGGAAUGCCAGUGAACCUUCCCUAUAUUCCUUAGUACUUAGCAAGCAGUUUGCGGCUUUGGGACAGAAGCCUUUCAUAUAUACAAUUCUGAAGAGAAAAGUUUAUUUUCCACAAGAAACAAUGGAGGAUGGGAAAUGGUAUAUCUCGGUACCAAUGACAGAAAAUGACGCGCUGAAAGAGGUUAGAGGAAAUCGAGCGGCUUUUCUAGACUGCUUUGUUGCAAAUAGUCUUUUCCUGCUGACUUUUCCUUUGUUGACAAUACCUGAGAUUCCUGGGUUUUUACCAAUAUCUUCACCGCGGGGUAGUCAGUUAAUAGCAAAUUGGGCUGCUUGUGUUCCUUCAUUUGUUGUGGUGGUAGCUGACAUGGAGACCUUUCAGACAAAUGAUUCAUUCCUUACUUGGACCAGAAUCAGAGUGCCUCCAAAUAUUCUGACUGAAGAUGAAAGACACAAUGUGUCUGAUGUGAUCCUAUCACAGGAUGGAAUAUUUUUUUUAAUAAAUGGUAUUCUCUACUUAAAAAAUUAUGAUACAUUUACAAGACUGGGAAGCAAUGCAAAUCUUCCUGAUGGUGGAAUUAUUGGCAUUACAUCAAGAAAGUGGUGUUGGAUCAACUAUUUUUUAAAGGAUAAAGAAAGAAGAAGCUACAUGGCAAUCUGGACAGAAAAUGAAGUUUAUCUUGGAUAUGCUCUUCUUAAAUUUGUUAAAAUAUUAACUACUGAAAAACUAAAAGGACGUCUAAAGACGUCACCAACUGCUACUCUGACUAUACACAAUGUUGAGUAUACAGGACACCCUUUGGAACUUGCCUUGUUAUUAAAUUACUGCAUUAUAUGUAACACCUCCAAAACAAUUUACCUAGUGAUAUACAAUGAAGAUACAAUACAAUGGGUAUUCCAAGACUUUGCAUUUGAUGUCACUAUAGACACUUUUUUAAUUCCCUAUUUCUUACAUUCAGCAAUGCCAGAAUUAUUACUAUGGGACAAACAUAGGAUCUACUAUUAUUAUCAUAAUUUCAGAGAUACUGGAGUUAUACAAACAACUACAGAAUUUGGAAAUCUAUCAAGGUUAUCACAAAACAGCAUUAUUCAUAAUGUUCUUAUGGAUUAUUAUGGAAAUAUUGUGGUAAAAAUGGAAAACAAUGUAAUGUUUUAUUUCAAGAUUAAAAUCAAAGAUGCAAUAAAGCUACAUCUAUGGACAAAUAGCACAGUAAAAUCAUUAAUUUCUUUUAAACCAUCUGGUCAUAUAUAUCUCGUAUAUGUUUUUGAAAAUGGCAAAAUAUAUGCAGAAGAAUAUCCCUUAAAACUGGAAGCACAAAGUAUAACUUUCAAGACAAAAGAAAAGUGCCCCUACGUGGCAUUUCAUAAUGAUAUUUUUAAUUUUUUUUACUUUUUGGACAAGGGACAAAACCUGUCCCUCUGGGCUCAAAUAGUCUAUUCAGAAAAUAUUGGUCUAUAUAUUGUUGUGGAAUCAUAUGGCCCCAAAAUAUUAGAAAUAAAAGAUCAGGUUCAGUAUGAAGUUACCUCAAGAUAUUACAGUAAAACCACGACAUUGACAUUUUCUCAGAAUAUAAAUUAUGAAACAGUAGAUGAUUAUUUCAAGUUGCAAUAUGAGAACACAGGUAUUCUGCUUGUCCAAGUGAGACCCAGUGAACUUGCAAAAACAUGUCUAGUAUCCCACAAGAUGUUCCAAAUAUCUGUUGGCUGUGAUGCUAGUAAAUUCAUUGCUGUUAAAGGAUUUACUAAAAAAGAAUGUCUUCAGCAUGAUUUUUUUUACAGCAUUGAACAGUCAUAUCUGAGGGAUCGACCAUCUAAACCAUUGAGAGUAAAAUAUAAUUGGGACAAAUAUGGCUGCCCAUUGAAAGUUAAUAUCAGAGAAAAAUUUCACCCUUUGGUUCAACUAUACAAUGACAACGGUUAUGUUGAAGAUGUUGAAGUAAAUUUCAUAGUGUGGGAAAUACAUGGCAGGGAUGACUAUAGCUUUAAUAAUACUAUGAAGAAGAGCGGUUGUUUGAAUGAAGCUCAAACAUGGAAUUCAAUGAUUGAGCUUAACAAGCACCUCCCGUUAGAAGAAGUCUGGGGACCUGAGAACUAUAAGCAUUGUUUUUCUUAUGCUAUUGGAAAACCAGGAGAUUUAACUCAACCAUAUGAGAUCAUCAACAAGUCUAACUAUAACCAUUUGGUUUGGCCCUUGGACCAUUCUGGAAUAUAUGUGUUUCGUGUGAAGAUCCUGGAUCCAAACUAUAGUUUCUGUAACCUAACCACUAUAUUUGCAAUAGAGACCUUUGGAGUGAUUCCCAGGCCAAAUGGUUACAUGGUUGCAGCUUUCGUCUUUCUCCUGAUGCUACUGUUCCUCAGUAUUCUCAUUUUGAGCUACUUCCAUUAUAUGAGGAUUUAUAGAAAAUAUAUUUAUGAGCCCCUGCACGAAUCUGAAAGAAAAAAAAAGAAAAAUUGA